AUGGCGCACAACGACAACGCCACUGGCAUCAUUGUGUUGACGGGAAGACCCUACCCAGAGCAGAUAGAGAUGUUCCCUACUCCUGACAGGAUCCAAUAUGACUAUGGUCAGCUCUUGUCAAUCAGAUGUACAGGCAGGAUUGGGAACCAGUUUGAUGAGAACAACCUCCAGAACCUGUGGACAUGGGAGUGGCGAUCUGUAAACAGCGAGUUCAGCUCCUGGACACGGUACCCCAACGACCAAAACAUCACCUACGACCGUCCUACUUCAGUAGCGGAAUCCGGGUACUCCAUGCAUGUCAGCAAGACAACGACAGAAACAAAGGAUCACGACUACCUCCGAACUGCUUUAUGUCUUUUCUUAGGUCAAGCACCACCAGGUGGAGUAACAGGCGCCCCCGGACAGAAUACAGGUGACGCAGAACCAGAACUAUCAUCUCAUCCCGAAAGUGCCACUGGGGCAAGCCUGACCGCUUCACCAAGCCAAAUAACAAUCGGGGGCAGAAACCCAACAUCUCAGUUGACUGUCGGGUGCAGGCCAAAUGCACCUGGGAUAACUACAGUGUAUGGCAUGGAGAUUGGCAAGAAGUCUUCUACUGGCACUGAUCACACUAUAAUACGAAUGACCAACACAGAUUCGUCAGUUCAAGUAGUGGACACAGGUCUACAGCAGCGGAUGACAGCCUCGGGUUCUAUCAGUGGAGCAACAGGCAACAUACAGUUCAUCCUGACAGAUCUGAGAUGUGCUGAUGCUGCUUCUACAUACUACUGCAAAACUGUACACUUGGUUGGCACAGAUGGAAAUGAUGAGGCAACUAUAAACAUCACAGCUGGAAGUGUGUAA